UUGUUAUUGUGCAAACAAACGGCGUUCGUUGCAAGCGUGUGCUGAAACGUGAUUGCUUUUUUAGUCGGAUUCAAUAUUACUUUACAGUAUGGAAGUAAAAGUGAACAAAAAGAGUAAAUCCUGCACCGAGGACGAAUUGCUUGCUCUGUCAAAAGAGGAAUUAAUUGAUAAAAUCAAACAGCUGGAAGCACACAACACGCAGCUGAAAAGCAUUGUGCAGAAAAACCUUCAAUCACGCGACGAGACCGCCAAUGGCAACGCGAAGAAGAAACACCGUCCGUUCGAUUUCGCCAAAUGCUUCAAGCGACACAUUCUCCUUCGCUUUUACUAUCUCGGCUGGGACUAUCAGGGAUUUGCUGCGCAGGAAGAUUCGAUCGAAACGAUAGAGCAUCACAUGUUUGCUGCACUGAAAAAGGUUUGUCUGAUCGAGAGCCGGGAAACCUCCAACUACAAUCGCUGCGGCCGCACCGACAAAGGUGUGAGUGCGUUCCAUCAGGUCAUUAGUCUGGACGUUCGGUCAAAGUUUGCGCCCGAGCUGCAGCUAGAUGCGAGCAGCCUAACGACGGAGCUUGAUUACUGUGCCAUGCUGAACCGGGUGCUGCCGGAGGAAAUACGCUGCCUCGCCUGGAUGCCGAUGACAAAUCCCGCCUACAGUGCACGGUUCGACUGUCGCUCCCGUACGUAUCGGUAUUUCUUCCCCCGGGGCGAUCUUAACAUUACCGCAAUGGAAGAAAGUGCUCGCUAUCUAGUGGGUGCGCACGAUUUUCGCAACCUUUGCAAAAUGGACGUUGGCAAUGGGGUGGUUAGCUUUGUGCGAAGCAUCGACGCAAUCAGUAUAAAACCAUCGCAGCGGGAUAGUGAGCGUGACGGUAGUAGCUACGAUAUGAUGUACCUGGAGCUGCGAGGCAAAGCAUUCCUGUGGCAUCAGGUCCGUUGCAUAAUGGCGGUGCUGUUGCUGGUUGGACAGGGCAGGGAAGAGCCAUCGGUGGUGAAAGAUUUGCUCGAUGUAGAGCAGAAUCCCUGCAAACCGCAGUACAGUAUGGCGAGUGAUGUGCCGCUCAAUUUGUACGAUUGUCAGUUCAAUGAAAAGAGUGGCGAAUCGAAUGGAGAGGAGACGAUGGAAGGAGAAAGUGAUUUGAGCGAUUGGAUCUACAAAGAGGAAGAUCUGCGACGCACAAUUUCCGAUUUACAGGGACUGUGGAUGAAGCACAGUGUGAAAACCACAAUGAUACGGGAAAUGCUGAAAACGUUACACAGCAUACUGGAAGAUCGCUUUGCAGGGGCUCCCCCAAUCCGCGACCAAUCGGCGCUGUUGACGCAGGGAGUGCGAAGCAAAGAGUACUGCCCGCUGCUUCAACGCCAGCGCUGUGAAAGUCUUGAGAACCGGAUCGAACACUACGCCAAGAAGCGACGCAUCGAGGUUAGCGUUAAAUCAAACGACUGCAGCGCAAGCGGAAGCGACGAACCGGCGGCCGAGCACGUACGCACUGGCACCGAUCGUAACAGCAAUGUAGAUCACGGCGUGUCGGGAAUGGACAAUUAG